GUGAAGGCCGGGCGAAUACGAGAGAUCGGCAUCUCGAACUGCAAUGCGCAGCAAGUCCGACGGGCGUGCGCGGAAGCCAAGAAGCACGGCCUUGGAAUUGCCGCGAACCAAAUUAUGUUUAAUCUUCUUUGCUUCCAAUCACCUGAGUUGCAGGCUACUGUGCAAGCCUGCAGAGAGAACAAUGUGAAAAUCAUCGCUUAUGCCCCCAUAGGCCAGGGCCUUCUGACGCAAGCCCUGACGGACGAGAAGUUUUCAAAAAUCCGCCUGGCAAAGAUGACUCGGCUGGGUAUCGAUGAGCUUCAGGAGCUGCGUGCAGCCAUUGAACGACUGGCGGAGAAGUAUGGCAAGACAAUGGCCCAGGUCUGCCUAAACUGGACUAUCUGCCAUGAUGCACUUCCCUUGGUCGGGACCCGAAGCCUCCAGCAGGCGCACGAUACAGCAGGCUGCCUCGGCUGGCGUUUGUCCAAAGACGAUGUGGAGGAGCUGGACAGCCAUGCCUUGCAGCGCAGUACCCUCUCCAAGCCAAGGUGGAAGCGUGUCUUGUUCGUGACCUUCAUCACGCUCCUGGUGUUCAGCUACCAGGUCAACCGGUGGGGAGAUUGGUUGAAAUCGCAAUUUCGCUCCCUAUGGUCCUGGCGAAGCCGCCGCGAUGAUUAA